AUGAGGGCAUUCGUGAACCGGGAUGACCUGGACUUCGGAGCUGUGAGCCGCAUGACACCCGUGCAGGAGUGGGAGCUUGUGGCGGAUGGAGACCCUCGUGGGGUGAUAGAGUAUCCCGUACAGGUCUCCCGCUUCACGGGUGUCCACUCCCUGGACCUGCACCUGAGUGGGGCCUCCGGUGGCUCGGAGACGGAGGCCGUGGAGGUGACCUUCCUGGGGCUGAAGGGGGAGUUUGCGGAGCGGCGGCGGCAGGCCGUUGAGACAGUGUACGAAUCUCGUCCAGUUCCCGGAGAUCAGCCGCGGAUCCCGGGCAUUGGGGAGGGUGCCCAUUGGCACUCAUGA